CGCGUGACGCAGGCGCCGGGCGGGGCGAGAGCUGACGGCGCCGCCGAGGCCGUAAGCUCCAGGGUGACCCCGAGCUCAGGUCGCGCCGAGCGCUCCGCCCCGCGCCCAGAUCUCGGCCCAGGCAAGGGACGGGUAGGGGGUCGACAGGUUAACAUUACACGGAGGUUUCACUGAGAUCCAGAGAAGACCCCCAACAACUCCGAGGCUGGUGAGCAAACAGGUGCUGGUACCCACAGAUCCCACAGAACUCAACUGCUUUCUCAGCAACUUUGCAGUUUGAGGGCCUGUGCGUGCAUCUCACCCCACCACGGCCAUGGCCCUGGUCAGCAUCAACCAGCUGCCCGAGAGCAUCCUGCUGGAGGUGUUCACGCACCUGCCCGCCCGCCAGCUGCUGCUGAACUGCCGCCCUGUCUGCAGCCUCUGGCGCGACCUCAUCGACCUUGUGUCCCUCUGGAAGCGCAAAUGCCUGCAUGAGGGCUACGCCACUGAGGACUGGGACCAGUCCGUGGCUGACUGGAAGGUCUUCUACUUUCUGUGCAGCCUCCGCAGGAACCUCCUGCGCAACCCGUGUGCCGAAGAGGAUAUGAGAUCCUGGAAAAUCGACUCCAACGGAGGGGACCAGUGGAAGGUGGAGAGCCUCCCCGGGGCGCAUGGCACAGACUUCCCUGACCCCAAAGUCAAGAAGUACUUUGCCACGUCCUAUGAGAUGUGUCUCAAAUCCCAGCUGAUAGACCUCAAAGCCGAGGGCUACUGGGAGGAGCUACUGGACAAGUUCCGGCCGGACAUCGAGGUUAAGGACUGGUUCGCCGCCAGAGCAGACUGUGGCUGCACCUACCACAUCCGAGUACAGCUGGCCUCGGCCGACUACCUCGUCCUGGCCUCCUUCGAGCCCACGCCCGUGACCGUCCACCAGUGGAACGAUGCCAGGUGGACAGAGGUCUCCCACACCUUCUCGGAUUACCCUCCAGGUGUCCGCCACAUCCUCUUCCAGCACGGGGGCAAGGACACCCAGUUCUGGGCAGGCUGGUAUGGUCCCCGCGUCACCAACAGCAGCAUCGUCGUCAGCCACAGGAUGACCAGGAACCCGGCCCCGUCCGUGGCUCAGCCCUAGACCAUGCAGGGGCCAGAGGAGAGCUGACAUCCUCAGACUUCAGGGAGCAUCAGAAUCACCAGGGAAUCGCUGGCCGUGCAGAUUCCCAGGUUCCCCCACCGGAGAGAGGCUGAGUCUGUAGAUCUGAGCUGGGCCGGGAGCCCCAGUGAUUUAACAAGCCCCAAACACCAGUUCUGAAACUGGAUUAAGGAUCCCCUCCCUUGAGAACCCCCAGUGAGCUGGUGGCUCUCCCUGCUCUCAGCGCCAGGUGCCCAGGUGGGGCGAUGACAAGCGGGUGGCCACAGAGCUAGCACACAGUGAGAGCCUACCGACGCCGGGCGCUGCCGUAAGAUGUAUAAUGAAUGCCCUGCCAUAGGCAACGCCCUCACUCUCAUGGAACUCUGAUUUUCAGAGCCUCCCAGCAGUCUCCCUGCCCAUCCUCCCACACCAGUCUCAUCUCACCUUGAUGACCUGGAUCUUCUCCAUGUUGCGAGUGGCAGCUUCUCUCGUGUGCACUAAGACUGUGAAGGUACAGCCUAAAGAGGCCAGAGUUUGGUCAAGCCAGGGCCACCCCAUGCCUGCCACGUGGCACAGCCUCUUCCCACCUCCCUAGCUGGCUCAGCAGCCCCGCAAAGCAGAGUGUAAACCCAGUGCUCAGACAAGUCACAGUCAACAGGGAGACUAAAGCCCAGGUGGAGUCCAUCAGGGAAGCUUCCUGGAGGAGGUGGGCUUUCAGAAGGGUUCUAAAAGGCAGGGAGGAAGAGAGGAGGCUUGGUGCAGCCAAGUAGGGACCUGAGGACACAGACCAACACAGGUAGCCAUGGAAAAGCCCAGGGAAGAGGGGGUGGGAGUGAGCACACCUGGGGGGUUGUGGUCCAGGACGGCAUCACAUACACUGAUCUUCAGGAUGAAGGCUCGGAGCAGCUGCUCCACGUGAGACAGCAGGGAGUCUGAGCUGGGAAGCAGAGAAGAGGAGGGUCUCCCAGCACAUGGGUGUCCCCCUCCCACCAGCAGGCAAGCAACCCCGGAAGCAGCCCUGGGGGUGCAGUGUCCCCCUAGUGCUUCUGAGUGUAUUGACUUCUGAGGCCCUGGCUGCCUGUCUCUACACAGUUCGACAUCAUCUGGGGAGUUUAAAACCAAAGCCGAGUCCCAUCCCAGGCUAAUUAAGUCAGAAUGCGGGGGGGAAGGGGCACAGGGAACCCCAGUAGGUGGUUCUAAUGUGCAGCCCAGUCUGAGAACCGGGACACCAAGCCGGGAAGGGACAGGGCUUGCCCGAGGCCACAUAGCAAGUGGGGACAGAUUCUAGUGCCCUGACCUCACCACACGAAGCUGGCAGCUGACCAGCCCAACACACCCAUCCAAGGUCAACUUCUAGUUGACUAGGGACUGGAUGGAUGCUCGACUGGCAAGUCAGGAAACUGGGUCUGUGUCCUGGCUCUGGGUGACCAGGUCAAGAUCAUCUCUCGGGACCCUGGUUUCUCCAUCUAUAAAAUGAGGUUGGGGGCUUCCCUGGUGGCGCAGUGGUUGAGAAUCUGCCUGCCAAUGCAGGGGACACGGGUUUGAGCCCUGGUCUGGGAAGAUCCCACAUGCCGCGGAGCAACUAGGCCCGUGAGCCACAGUUACUGAGCCUGCAUGUCUGGAGCCUGUGCUCCGCGACAAGAGAGGCCGUGAUAGUGAGAGGCCCGCGCAUCGCGAUGAAGAGUGGCCCCCACUUGCCGCAACUAGAGAAAGCCCUCGCACAGAAACGAAGACCCAACACAGCCAAAAAUAAAUAAAUUAAUUUAAAAAAAAUUUUUUUUAAAUAAAUAAAAUAAAAUAAAAUGAGGUUGGGACUAGCCAUUCACCAACGUUGUGAUUUUCCAAGUGUGAUACUGGAGGGUCUCCGUGUAACCUGUGUGAUGUCCACAGAGACCACUGGGCGGCCGGCUGUGACUCAGACACUAACAGGCCUCGUUAGGUCAGCACACCUUGCCAUGUCUCCUCUCAGGCCUUUAGCAAGGCAUUCAGGGGCUGCCUUAAAGGGGUGAGAGUGGCGGUAUUACUAGGGAACUCACACCAGCGAGCAUGUGGAUGGAGGCAGCGCACCUGAUGGACAGCAGCGGAGGCUGGGUGAUUUCAAAGACGAAUUUCUCCACUGGGCGGUGCUCUUUGUCCAAGAUGACUACCACCACUUUCUCCACAUCAUUCUGCAAGGACAGGAACCCCCUAUUCCAGAACUGGACACCUGCCUCCCCCUUACCCCACCCCCCAGCUCCUGCCUCCUGCUCCCUGCCCAGGGAAGAAUGGGAAAGGCACACUCACAGCCCUGCUCAGCUUCUAGGCCCAGAGUCCCUGAGAGCCCAGAAAGAGGUUUGAGAAGUUGAAGUAGGCACCCCCAGACAUGAGUGGUACCCGCGGAGAGGAGAGGAUGCCUGGGCCCCGCAGGGGUACCAGGGUGUCACAGGGAGCAGAACAAGGUAGAAUAAGGAAGCCCUGAGGGGCCAAGCUCAGACAGAACUUGGGGGCAGAGGGGGAGAAAAGAACAGGUGAGAAGGACCCAAAACCCUCUGGGCAGGCCCCAGUCAGCCAACUCCACUAACCAGGGCUCCCGGGCCCAGCACGCCCUGAACGUGCCCGGAUGCCCUGGGGCCUGCCCCUGGGCAGGGGUGGUCUCCAGAGUGCAGGGAACAGGCUUCUGGAUGUUAAGAGUCAUGGGGACCCGGCAUGGUCCCAGCGUCACCCCAUCCUGGAGCAUGG